AUGCCGGAAUUGACUACUGUUGAUUGGGAAGAGUACUGGUACAACCAAGAAAAACUGAAUGAAAACAUAAACAAUACUAUUAAUAAUAUAAUCCAGCAGAUGUCACAGUACAAUACAUCGUUUGACAAUAUGUGGUCAGGAAUGUGGGACUAUGAUUUCAUGGAUCCAUGGCAAAUAGUUGCAGCUACGCUGCGUACAUAUGAAGAGACCCCUGAAUGGUCGUUUUAUGGUCCUAUAUUUAAAAUAUCGCACCUAUUAAUGGAUUCAGUGAAUGCAUUAUUUGAGAUAAUUAGAACUGAUUCUCUCAAUGACUUGGAUAUUGAAGUUGGGAAUAACACCAAAUUAUUUAUUGCCGGAUGUCAGGAAAUGAUGAACUACUUCCCAGACAUUUUACAAGUAGUACUUGAAGCAUUUUAUGAACCAAUGAAGGUUAUGCAAAUUACAUCUCAGUUCGGACUAGAGCUCUUCUGUGAUAAUGAAACAAGAGAUACAAUCUUUGCAUUUCCCUCUUCUAUGAACACUUCCUUCCUCGAUGACUACUUCUGCAAAAUCAACUACACAAAUUUAUUAGAAGAAAAUGGAUAUGAAAUUGGAAUGGAGAUAGGGAAACUGAUGAUGUUGUAUUCCGAUGGGCAAGCUAAUAUAACUGAUACAUUGAUGGACUGGGAAGGUUUCACCAAAACUAUGCAAGAAUUCAAUGACAACAUACAGUUAUUUAAGAAUGAAACUGUGAUGAAGGUGAUGUCAGAGUACAACUGGACGGAAUUAUUUCAUGUGUUGGAGUCAGCUUUGUACAAUUAUGAAAUGAAUUAUGGAGUUGGUACUGAUGGGUUUUUACGAAUCAUAGCUCAGCAAAUGACGAUCAUUGAUGGAACUUUGGGUAAUGACAAUAUGGUAUGGAACAGUGUUAAAACCUCCAUCACUAUGAACCAUAUGGUGUACAAAUACAUUAACACAAAGAUGAAUGGCAUUCUGGAAAAUGGUCUAACAUUGGAAGAGGUAUAUGGAAAUGGAACUCUGUACAUUGAACUAAUGAGACAGACAUCAAAAUUCAUGCCAGAUCUAAUGGAAGUCAUGAUGACGAUGGCUAUGCAACCUGGCAAGAUGGCACUAUUUACUCAGAUGGAAGACUGGAAUACGACACUUUGUGAUUCUGAGAAAUUGCAGGAAAUGUUCAACUUUCCUGUCAGUGUUAAUAUAACCGCUGUGACCAACAUAAUAUGUGACUGGAGUACAUUUGAUUAUUUGGCUGAGGUACUUGAAAAUGAAGAAUUUUCGGAAUUAUAUGUACAGCUUGAAGACCUGUAUUCUCCAAAUGUAACACUGGUUGAGGUGGAUUGGUAUGAUUACUUCAAAACAAUGGAAGAAUACACCAUGAACAUAGAGAGGAUGGCAAACUUCACAGGGCCAUUCUUCCCAUCGUUACCAGUCAUGUCCGUCAAUGAUACGUUGUGGAUGCAAGAUUUAAUGGCAGGAUUACAACUAUCAUCCAUCAACCAAAUUCCAGAAAUGUUGACAGUGAUUGAUUACAUGCUUAGCAACUCAACAUGGUGGCAGGAGCUCUCAAAAUACAUGGAAAUCAGUAAUAUUAUUGUUGAAUCAUUGAAUGAACAUUUGAUGAAACUGAAUGGCUCUUCAGUGGUUUAUCCCAAAGUUGAAAACCUGUUUGCGGAUAGGGAGGAAGUCAUCAAAGUUCUAGAAAGUAAUAAUAUGACCCCCGAGCUCAUGGAGUUUUUCAUGAAUCUACUUGUGUACCCUGAAAAGCUGAUCCAAUUACUUGUUAUACCCGAUCCGUUUGUCACAAUAUGCAAGAGUGGUAUGUUCCAGGAAUUCUUUACCCUCCCUCCAGAAUCAGACCUUAAUAUAACCGUCGUGGAAGACUACAUAUGUGACAUCAAUUUCACAGUUGUUGCCAUGGAGCUCGGCCAGAUGUUUGAAAGUGAUAGAAUCAUGAAUGAGAUACAAGAUAUCUUGGAGUCACCGUAUAAAACAUUUAACUGGACAGAGUAUUUCAUCAAUAACUACAAACUACAAGAAACCAUCCAGAAUUUGUUUGAUUUCCCGCCAACUUUCACCUUUGACCCUGCAUGGAUGAACGCAACAUUUCCUCGAUUGGAAGAAGUGUUAGGUAGUUUCAUGGAGACGAUGAACAACAACCAGACUGCCCCGAUAAACUAUUACUUGGCUGCUAAGAUGUUGGAUGAAAUGGGACCGAUGCUACAAAAUUCCAGUGUCUGGGAAAGCAUCAGACCUAUGCUGGUGACGCUGAACUGGUUGGCGGAAUACAUGAAUGAGAAGUUAGACAACAUGCCAGAUGGCAAUCUCACAUUCGCCGAUAUUUUGCCGGGUAGUAUUGCUGAGUAUGUGGUUAAUGGUAUGAAUGUCCCUCCACAUCUCGUACAGAGUGUUUUAGAGUCAACCGUAAAUCCUGAUAUGUUGCUUGCCUUGGUAAUGGAUGAUGAUCUAUUUCAAACACUUUGUGGCAACGAAACAGUAUUAGAUAACUUGUUUGAAUUUCCAGAAGAGGUCAAUGUGACUGUCUUACGAGAGGCUCUUUGUGCCAUCAAUGAAACCGUUUGGGAAGCUGAAUUAACUAAUGAUCUUAAAAUACAAGAGUUGAUGGCCUUGCUAGAGCCUGGGAACCAGACUCCUUUCAACUGGACAGUAAUGUUCUUCAAUCUUGUUGAACUUGCUCAAAAUAUUGGAGAGGUCAUGCAAGAGCAGAAAACCUUUUUCAUUGGUGAAGAAUGGUUUCAAGACAAUGUUGGUAUUUUAGGAGAGAUGUUUUUGUCUCUGGAUAUGACUGCACUUAGUGCACACAUGGGCAGCAAUGGAAUUCUGGACACCCUAAUGAUGAUGAUUAAUGGUAACGACACUGCAAUAGUUGAAGAUAUUCUCAGAAACAUACAUAUGCAAAGUAGUGUUUUGAAUUUUGUGAAUAACAAGCUGGACGACCUCACUGUGAAUGAUGGUACCUUGAAUCUUGCAAAACUUUUCCCAAAUUCAACCGUAUUUGUGGAGUAUCUCGAACGACAAAUGUCCUUUGGAGAGGAUUUUGUGAAUGCAAUGUUAUUCACACAAGUUAAACCUGAGAAGUUUCUGGAGUUAAUGGAAAUGACCGACAUGGAGAGGAAUGAGAUGUUCUGUGAGCCUGACCUCUACAACGAUUAUUUCAUUGUUCCAGAAUUUGUAAAUAUAACAGUUGUUAUGGAAACAAUGUGUGGAAUCAAUGAAACUGUCUUGUUUAUGGAUCUAUUCAAGGAUAUGGACAUCGCUAGACUUGUUACAGAGCUAACAAGGUAUACUGAGGGACUCAUCGAUUUACAAGAUUUCAAUAUAGCAGAAGUUUUGGCAGAGAAUAAUAACUUUUACACGGUUAUAUCAGACAAAAUUAUGAAGCUUAUUAAUUCUACCGAUGAUGUUUACUUUGGAGAGGCCGACUUGUUAAAUACUGAACCCUGGAAUGUGACAGCCUUGCUUGCCAACUUACAGCGAAUGUCAGAGGGUAGUUCUGGAAUGCAAAUUGAUAUGAUUGGCGACAUCAUGAAUAUGGUUGGACAAGAACUUGGGAACAAUUCCGUAUGGCUGGAAGUACUACGAAACAUUCAUAUUAUGGAGUACUUCCUGGAUCUUACAGACAGGGGCCUCGAUGCCAUGACAGAUGGAGAGUUGGUGUUUGGGAAAUUGCUUGAAAACCAAACAAAGUUAGUCUCAUUGAUGGAAAAUUCACUCGGCCUGUCUCCCGAGAGUGCAAUGGAUCUUCUAUCUGCAUCACUGAAUCCCGAAAAGGUAACUAAAUUUUACAAUUUUGCUGAUUUUCGAAAAUCUUGA